CGCUCAGACAACCAAUCCCGAGACGCAGCCGCCAUUGGGGUGUAAACGGCAGCGCCUGCCAUCCAAUGCCUGAAAAGGCUCCACACGUUCGCAUGACCGACAAAGCCGACAUGAAGGACCUGGUCGGAGUCGGCGGUGUAUUAUCAGGAGGCUCUGCUUUGGGGGCCAGUAGAUUUGGGAAGGUGCCUUGGCUGAAGUGUUCGCAUAAAGCGCCUAGUCGUUCCACCUAGCCUUCCUGAAGAACAAACUAUCAUACACCUCUUUCGUCAUUUCCCUCGCAAAUUACCGAAGAUAUCGCCUCCCGCAGCGUUUCAAGAGUGAGCAUGGCCGAGUUUCGCGGAAGAAGCGAACAGCCUCAACAGAGCAAGGACAAUCAGCACCUAUCUGUCUCAGGUGGUGGUGCACACAGCGGCAACAGGAAUUCUCGCUCUGUCUCUCUCGCAUCUACUCGCACUGCUGUCGAGGAGAAUCCCGAUGUCGGAGGCAAACGAUCGGGACCCAAAAGGCGCCAAACUCAAGUGGCAGUAGUCCAUCUGACGUGGCGCGAUUGCCUAAAGGGCCUGCUUCUUGGUCCGAAGUGGUUGAAGCAGAAGUUAGCGGCCGAUGUUGAAUUGGCCGAGCUAGAGGAUGCAGGUCCAGGCGCGUUUGACAACAAGGACUGUCCCUUCAUCGUCACGGUCACUGCGUUCCCUUGCCGAGAUUCUGGCGCCGAGCGGCAGGAGGGACAGUGUUUGAUCGACACAGGCUGUCUCCAAGGAAAUAUCAUCUCGGCGAAAUUUGCGCGUAGCUUAGGCUUUUCGGAAUUCCAGCCAUUGAAGGGCCGGGAGCUGAACGGCGGAAAGGUGGCAACGGGCCAGAUCCACACCGUGUCCGGAGCGAUCCAUGUAUCCUGGCUGCACAGCACCAGCACCAAGGUGUUCCGGGAUAUGCGAUUCCUCGUAUCAGAGACCGCGGAUGUCGACCUUCUUAUUGGGGGACACUCCAUUUGGAGGCAUGGAAUCAUACCGCUACCGAACUUUGAGGUGGGCCACACGAACUUCAAAGGAAAGCCAGAUCCGAAGAGAGAGAAGCUCGCCGUAGUGGCAGCCGACUUGAGGACUACCCUCGAGGACCUCAACAAGGAUGACGCCGCCUAUAAAGGAAAGAAGAAGGAUCUCAAGAUCGCUGAGCUCAAACUGGCGUUGUACGAUGCAGGAGUGUCUUCGCGUACGAAACAGAGUGAAGAUGCAGAAACCGGUCUUAAAGACCAGAUCAAAGGCCUCGAGAAAAAGCUGAAGGAUCGCGGGGUCAGCCCCGACGAGAUCAAGAAUAUCAAGAACGGGAUCGUUGAGGAGACCAAUGAGCAGGCCAAUGGGCAGGCCAAUGGUCAUAGCAAGGAAGAGACCAAGGAAAAAACGGACGAGACGAAGAAGAAGCAGUGACGUAGCCACGCUAGCUGAGUAGAGGGUCCAAAUUGUCCGCACGGGUAUCCGCGUGGGUGGAGUUACUGGGUUUCCUAUUGCCGGCGCUUCUUUGUCCUGUUGUUGUCCGUUCUUUCGAAGUAUUGUCUCUGUCUAACAUGUAUCUCUCUUGGUUAGGUGGUUAGGUUCACUGG